AUGUUACGGUUUGUGGACGACACUUUUGAUCCAGAAAUUGCUGCUACGAUUGGGGUUGAUUUUCGUGUCACUUCAAUGGUGAUUGAUGGAAACCAAGUAAAAUUAGCUAUUUGGGAUACUGCCGGGCAGGAACGUUAUCGUACUUUGAUGCCGAGUUAUUACAGAGGGGGUCAAGGAGUAAUAUGUGUAUAUGAUGUGUCGAAUCGGCAAACUUUUGAACAACUUGGUCAUUGGAUGAAUGAAGUGAAGACAUAUGCAACGAAAUCAGACGCAGUAAAAAUGCUUAUUGGGAACAAAAUUGACAAAGUAAAUUUUCUAUUGUUUGUGUCACUUUUUCUUUGGGUAUUUAAUAAUCAGAAUCGAGAAGUUUCUCGAGAAGAAGCACUAGAAUUUGCAAAAAGACAUCGUAUGUUGUUUAUUGAAGCAAGUGCUAAGACUCGUGAAGGUGUGCAGUGUGCAUUUGAAGAACUUAUUGAAAAAAUUUUGCAAACUCCGGGACUAUGGGAAAGUGAUCGAUCAUCUUUUGCUCUUGGUGCUACUGCAGAUGAAAAUGCUGGUAGUUGUGGCUGCUGA